CUGAUUUUGAAGUCAUUGCAUCAGUUUUUCUUCUUUCCGUUUCAGAAGCCCAUUUGUUUCUUUGAAUGAUGAACUAACUGCUACUUGUACUUCGUGGACAUAUGACAGACUUGUAGAGUGAAGGACGUUUUAUAUGAUUGGUGUAGUAAUUUGUACAUCAUGGAAGUUGAUUUGGAGCUGGAGCGUCUUAGGGCAGAUAACCACGCCCUAGCAGAAGAACUCCAGCAAUGUCAGGUGGAUAAGGACUUUGUGUGGUCGUUAUGGCGUAAGCUACAGGUUGCCAAUCCUGACAUCACUCAGGCAGUCAGCAUGGUCGUACAGAGGGAAAAAGAGAAGUCCGAGUUAAAGGACCGCAAAGUGCUGAGCAUUCUUCAGCUUAAAGAUGACAAGAUAGAAGAGUUACACGCUACAGUGUCUUCCCAGGCCAGGGAGCUUCAGGAUGCCAGAGCUAAAAAACUGGAACAGCAAAGUGAUGUAGCCGUUGUGAGAAAUGACAACCAAGUACUGAAGGAGAAACUGGCUGCUUUGGAAGAUCAGACAAGAAGCAUGAAGACUAGAGAACAAAACAUGGAUGAAUACCAUCGUCAGGUCAUCAAUGAACUACAGAGUGAAAAAGAAGUUCUUCUGAGACAGGUGUCAGAACAAGAGAAAAAUCUGUCAGCCUUUGAAACUCAGUCUGAAGAACUCCGCUCAGAACUGAAGAAUGUGGUUACUCAGAAAGCUGCCCUUGAAAGACAAGUUAAGACACUGCAAAAAGACAUUACUGAUAAAGUCGGAAAGUUUGAAGAGCUCCUGAAAGAUGUUGACAAUGCCCGGCGUCUUGUCCAGAAGUACGAGACACAAUUACGACAAAAUGCCCUGGAGAUUGAGGGGAAGAAUACUGAGCUAGAGACAGUGAGGCAUGAAUUGUCAGAGCUUUGGAACAGUCAUCACCAGUUGAACGAACAUGCCACCCAGCAAGCUGAACUGAUACGACAGCUUCAGAACCUACAACAGGAUACUCAGAAAAUGUUAAAGAAUCAGGAAGAUGCGUAUUGUAUUGAAGCAACUUCACUUCAGCAGAUGUAUGCUGAACUGACAACUCGCUUUGAGGUCUCAAAGCAGGCAGAAGCUGAUCUCCGACGGGAAAUGCUUUCAUUGAAAAAGCAAUUGUUUGAGCGGGAUGACACAAUUGUACAACUGCAGCACAGGCUGGACAUGGCUCAAAUUGAUGGGAGAUUACAGAGAGACCAGCAGGAAAGUUUCAUUCACUCAGAUAAGGAAAACCUUGAAAGUGCUAAGUUACAGAUGGAAAGUUUGAUGACAGAAAACCACCUGCUCAAAGACAAUUUACAGGAAAAGAACAGGAUUAUUGAAGGGUUGGAGAGCAAAUUAGAACAGCUGUUCAAGCUUGAUAUUGAUCACCCAGAUGAGAGAAGUCAUUCCACGCCCAUUUCCAGGGUGUACAGAAGUGUGGCCUUGAGCCCUUUUAGGCCAAGGUCAAGGUCAGCGUCUCCUCUUACUGCGGGGACGUUCAGGUCAUCAGAAAGAAGGAGCGCCAGUCCUUCAACCAGGUUAUCGAGCAGUCAAGACCUUCAGAAAACACUAAGCAUUGCUGAAGGCAAGGUUGUGGAGUUAAAAGCACUGUUAAAGCUAAAAAGUGAAGAGGUGAAGGAAUUGAGACAUGCCCAUGACAAACGCUUGGAAAGACUCAAGUCUCUGCAGACAAGCUACAGACUGGCGAAAGAACAGCUGAAGACAUUCGAAGAAGACCAAGAGAUGAAGAAUAAAAAGAAGAAGCUGAAGAAAUCACACCCCAGAGAGUUGCAGAAAGAAAACAGUGAUGCUGUGUGGAAUGAUCUGGCGUUAUACAAGAAAGAAGCAAAGACCUUACAAACUCACAAAAUGAACUUAGAGGAGGAGAAUGACAUGCUUAGGGUACAGACCAGUCAGGAUGCAGCCACCAUCCAUGAGCUGCGUAUGGCCUUGGAGCAGGAGAAAGAAGAGCUAGAGUACCAACUUCAGCAGAGGGACAUGGAAAAAACAGAGAAGUAUACAUCUGAUGUGAGUGGCUUGCAGAGAGAGCUGGAGGAUAAGUCUCAGCGCCUUGACCGUUGUGAGAGAGAGUUGAAACAAACUGCUGAUCUGCAGGAGAAGUUACUAGGAGAGAGACGAGUUCUGCGAUCAGAACUGACAGAGUUAAAACAAGCAGCUUCUACAUACAGAAUAGAAAUCGCCAGCUUGAAAAGAGAAAUAAAUAGAUUGGAGAAAACUGUGGAGAGAGGCAAGCUGCUGCUAAGGAGAGAGGCAGGAGCCAGCAGAGGCAAACGCACCAGACGACCGUUGUCUGUUCGACAGCCUUCCAAGAAUGUGAGUUCCAGUACAGACAAAUCUUCCUCCAUGUUUGAAGAAGCUGAUGAUGAUGACUGGGAGGAAGUCACUUCAGAAACUGAAGAGACCUUAACAGAGAGUGACAGCCUGGGCAGGGCUAUAGUGUCAGCAUCGCGGUCACUGGUGACCAACUCGGAGUCCGCAGAUUCUGCCCACAGGCCAACACAUUUCAGACUUAGGUCAAAAAUAAAACAGAAGAAGCCUGUUUGUCGACCAGCACCUAGUGCCCGGGUUGUCCGUCCCUCUACCAGAGAUGUCCAGUGCUCAACCAGUGACCACUGCUUCAGGAGAAAAAUCUACAGAGAUGCCUCCACUUCUCCAGUGGCUGUUUUCAGUUCUUCUCCAACAAAACGCUCUCCUACACAGAGACCAUUGACUAAGCGAAAACCCAUGCAGCAGAGAGUGGAGAGUCUUCAGCAGCAGCUGACAGCUGUGCGUGAUUCCAGAUCCAGUGCCCUCAAGACUGUCAGGGACCUGAAGGAGACCAAUGAGCAGCUCCAUACAGAUUUGAAUCUGGCCAAUCAGAGACUGAAGAUGGCCAAACAGAAUAUUCAGAAACUGAGUGAGGACUUGGACAGAGCUGUUCGUGAGAAAGAAGAUGUGGAAUGUCGCCUUGUAGGGGAGAGUACUCUGUCUGACAGCAGACGCACAGAGCAAGAGUGGAAAGCCUUGGAGAGUAGGCUCAAGAGUGCUACGUUUGAGGUGACCCGACAGGGUGGGUUGAUCAGGACCCUGAGGACUGAGGCAGAGACAGCCACUGACCAGGUGAAGAGUUUACAGGACAGAGUGAAUCGACUGGAGAGGGAUAACACUCAGAAGAGAAGUCUGCUGGAGGAGCAGAGGUCACGGCUUAAACAGGCACGUGACAGCGUACACAAUGAGGCUACGCUCAUCUCUGACCUUGAGGCAAAAGUUCACCAACUUACAGAUGCUAAUGAAAAAAUGAAAAUUCAGCUGGAAUCAUCGAAGAAGAGAUUGACAGUCAUCUUAAAAGAGAAGAAGGAAUACGAGGAGAGAUUCUUCAAAGCUACCUCAGAGUUGGAGAAAAAGAAUAAGCAGUUGUCAGAGUGUCAAGUGAGGAAGGCAGACCUGGAGUCUGCAAUGUCAGACCUGGAAUCCACGGCCCAGCACCAGUUGCAUGGACUGGCCAGUCAUAGUGAGGCAGCCAUCGAGGCCAUUCAGGUCCAGCUCAAGGCUUCCCACACAAAGCUACAGAUCUUCCAGAAGUUUGUCAAGACGCUUGUUCACGAGGUAUGUGUGCGCUGUCAGCAGGCCCGCUCCCUCACCAAACAGUACAGCCAGCACUUAGAGCGACACCGCCUGCCCGUGGACCGGUCCUUACAGAAAGCCCAGAGUGUGGCUAGAGACAUCCUCAACAUCUCCCAGUCAGACAUGGAUGAACUCAUGAGCGUGGACAUUGACAGGGAGAACAUUGACACAGAAAUUGAGGAUGAGAAACGGCGAGACAAGAAGUGGAGCAAAAAGUGUGAAAGACUGAUGAUGUCUCAGGAGGACUUUGUGCUACCUCUGGUGGAAAUGAUCAUGGAGAAAGUGGAUGAAAGACAGGAGUUGAUAUCAAAACUGGCCUCAUGA